AUGCCUUUGGCUCUGGCCGCGGGGGGCUGGUUUGCAGGGAGGCUGUGCGCGUGCGCCAGCUGCCGGGCCGCGCGCGAGCGUGUAGAGCAGUUAACGGUCGUUCUUGUUCUGAGCAUUCCAGUGAGCCCGCGUUCGCGCCGGACCUGCUGAUUGGCUGCGGCGUCGAGCCAAUGGAGAUCCGCGGAACGGCCGUGUUGCUGGGCAAGGCAGAAGGAAGACCGGGGCUUACUUCCGGUGCGAUGGCGGCUCCUCCUGUCGUCACUUCCGGAAGCCCCUGCCUCAGAGCUCUUUAGUCCCUCGUGUGGCCCCGUCGGGCCGGCGGGGCGGGGCCAGGCCGCCUGCGCCGUUGCUUAUGGCAACAGAGGGACGCCCGAGAGCAGGGCGGGGUAUCGCGGGAUGUCGGUGCAGCGACGGCGAGCGGAUGUGGGAUCUGGCAUCCAUGCGGCCCCCUAGGGGCGAGCAGAGCCCCCAACUCUGAGGAUCCCCCCCAAUCCAGGAAUGGCUACCCCCACGCCGGGCCCCCCCAGCUCCCUCCUUCUGCCCCUCCCAGCCAUUGUCUUCAUCACUGUGGCCGCCUAUCUGCUCCUCCUCCUCCUCCUCCUCGCACUGCGCCAGUGCCUGCUGGCCCGUGGACUCUGCGCUGACUGUUCCUGGUGUGAGAAGGGGCUGCUGGGGGGGCCCUGCCACUGCUGCCUGGCCUGCGUCGAGGCUUGUGACUGUGCCCCCCCCUCCCUCCCCCGCUGUCUGGACACCUGCUGUCCCCGACACCAGGGCUGGGAGCUCGGCACCUGCCCCCCUUUCCCUCGCUGCUGCCCCCUCUGCGACUGUGCCUGUGCCUACCAGCCCCCCGAUUGUCAGAGCAUCAAUUGCAUCUGCUUUGAGGUCAAACUGCUCUGAGGGGAGCCCUGCCAGGAAAAUUGGGGGUCUCCCCCAUGAGACACUCUCAGAAUGGCAUGUACUCACUAAUGCUGGAUUAUGGGGAUCCCCUGCUCUCCAAAUGGGGUGAUCCCUUCCUGACUUUGCUACAUAACCCCAAUAUUUGUAACUCCCACUUUUAUAAUAAAGCUGCUUUGAGAUA